AAUAAACAUGCCGCUACCCGGCAACAUGGCCAUCCGGCCAAUAGGAAAGCGGUUCUUGAGUCACGUGUUUAGCCGUCAACCGAUGAGCGAGCAAUCUAUAGUCUCCAACUGUACUGUGACGGGGGAUCACGAACACCAGAUUCAAUCCCACGACAAAUCCCGUAAUGUUGACCUUGGAAUAUCUAAAAAUGGUGGAGUACAUGUAUCAAACCGGCGUCGGGUCCAGUGGUUAGAGGAGGUAAGAGUCGUCCAUGUCCAGUAUAGAGAGGACGGUGGCAGCGAGAUAUGUGGAGUCAGCAGGGAGAAACUCAGAGAUCCUUGUUCCACUUACGUACCGUACAGAGCAUCCUCCCAUGAGCGUCUCCAUCCUGAUACUAAAUAUGUUUGUGCUAAAUAAACUACACGGUGUAUUAACUACAUUAUU